CUCUCUCUGUCCAUUGUGUGUCAAUGGCGGAUCAGACUCUUUUUCAACCAUUCCUAGCCAAACACACUACCAAAGGCUCAACAUCGGAAUCGGAUUCAGUUAUUCUUCUACGGAUGUUCUCUGUAAUUAUCAUUGGAGCAAUCUCCUUGUGGGCAAACCAUGAGGCUUCAAAAGGUUUCUCCAUAAGUAUCAUCAACGAUGCUAAAGAUUCUCCCUCCGGUAAAAGAUUUGCCCUCUUGUUCGAAUCUGAUGACACAGCAGUGCGGAUUCUGCUUGAUACGAGCUACUUUGUAGAGAGGUAUCUCUACGAGGGUGUUCCUCAUCGUCUCCGGAAGCCUGUAAACCACGUGACGGUCCGAUUCAGUGGAAACAGCAGUAAUAAAGUCGACAAGUUCUUGGUAACUUCAGGUGCAAGUUAUGGAGAGUAUGUGAUCAGAUUAAGCUCAUCCAUAAUGGAAAGAAGUAAGUUUAGCAACGCUGUGGAAUCUGCAUUACAACGUUCUAUGGUUAGGAUAUGGCUAUGGGGUGACGAGUCGGGAGUUUCGCCGGAGCUUGUUGCCGGCGUGGUGGAGUAUUUGGCCGUGGAUGGACGAAAACGACGUCAUAUUGAUAAGUUAGGUGGUGGGGAUUGGAAGGAUAAGGAGGGGUCUAAGUCUGUGUCUGUGGUUAGCUUCUUGGAUGACUGUGAACGACGUAACGAAGGGUUCAUCCGACGGUUGAACCAUGGGAUGAGACUUAGGUGGGAUGAUCGGACGGUAGAUCUUGCUUCGAGUGGUGCGUGUGAUUCACGUAAAGAUGUGAUUGCGUGAGCUUUAAGAUGGACUACAAAUCUACAAUGGGACUGAUAAUUGAGAGACGAACAUGAUUGGUUCUCGUGCUGUCGUGAUGCACACAUGGCUCCACGUCAUUUUUUAUGUGUAUAAUUCAAUUUCUCUAUUUUUUUAUUGGAAAUUUGGCCUUUUUAUUUAA